CCCGCGCCCAUUCUCCUCGUGUGGUCUCGCGGAGUCGGGUCCCCGUCCGGGAGCGGCGCCGUGUGGUGGAGGAAGGUGUCCCGGGACCGUCGGGAGCAGGCUCAGCAGAGGAGGAGUGUCCAUAAGGAGAGUUUCACCUUCUUGAAGAUUAAAGCCCAGCAGUUCUGAGCUAUUCCUAGUCCAAAUGUCUGCAAAAUUGAGAGAGACAUCAAAACUCCUUCCACAAACUUCAGGGGACCCUGACUGCAUUCUGGUAAUGAAGGUGGAAGAGGGAGGGCAGGCCUCUAAUAUGGUCUCCAGCCGCCACUGGAGCAGCUACUACAGCUCAGAGACCUACCGCCAGCGGUUCAGGCAGUUUGACUACCAAGAGUCAUCUGGGCCCCGGGAGGCUCUGAGCCGGCUCCGCGAGCUGUGCUGUCAGUGGCUGAGGCCAGAGGUGCAUAGCAAGGAGCAGAUCCUGGAGCUGCUGGUGCUGGAGCAGUUCCUGGCCAUGUUGCCUGAGGAGCUGCAGGCCUGGUUUGAAGAGAACCGACCAGAGAGUGGAGAGGAAGCCGUGGUGAUGCUGGAGGAGCUGGAGAAAGAGCAUGACAGGGCGGCUGAACAGGUCUCUCUUGGACGAAAUGAGGACAUGCUUGCAAAGAAGCUAUCAACUUGUGAAAUCACUCAGGAGACACCACGUAGCCAGCUUAAGCCCACAAAAAAGCAACUGCAGUGGGCAUCGAAGGAGCAUCACACCUUAAGACAAAAUGAUAGAGACACCGGAACUAUAAAUGUGAAAUCAGCUUCAAGGCGAAAGACUUCUUCAGGCAAAGAACUGCAUCACAAAGUUUCUAACACUCUUCAAAUGAAUGCUUCCCAGAGUUUCACAUUUAGAGGAACCUGUGAACAAGAUAGAAAGUUUGAAAGAAGACAGGGAAACCGUACUCGAAAAAAACAACACAAGUGUAAUGAAUGUGGGAAAGUCUUUACUCAGAGCUCAGCCCUUAAUUUACAUCAGAGGAUCCACAGUGGAGAGAAACCUUAUACAUGUGACGUGUGUGCAAAGGCUUUCAGCCGAAGUGCAAUCCUGAUUCAACAUCGAAGAACCCACACAGAUUCAAAAUAUGAGAAUAGGAUUGAGGAGACCCAAAAGAAUAUGUACCUCAAGACCUAAGCUGAAAUGUCCAGGGUCAUUGUUAGGAAGCAGGUGAGUAAAGGGACUUUACUCGUCUCUUACAAAAACCUGAGAACCUACAUACUGUUUUGUUUCAAUUUUUAAAAUUGAGGUUUAGUUGAUGUAUAAUAUCAUCUAUACAUACUGUUGAUGAUACUAAGUAAUUUCCUGUGUAGGAAAAAAAAAAUUAUCUCCUUUACAAUUUAUAUUGGAAAUACCUCAGUGAAAGCAUUAAGAUUUGCUCUACGUGUCUUUAGGAAGUGGCCUAAAUAUGAUGAGUGUUCUAAUAAUGAACAGUUAUCUGUGGGUGCUUAUAUAAAGUUGAUGAUCACCUUAACAUAAAGAAAUAAGGAAGAUGAAGAAAAGACUGUCCAAACGAGACUGAUGUUACCUGGUAAGUGCAGCACAUAAUGGAGAACUGUACUUACCUGGAAAUGGGAACCCUUAACAGCUGGUGACUAUCCUUCAGAGUUCUUCAUGGCCUCUGUUCUGGCAUAAAUCAGCUGUGAACAUGUUUCAGGCAUCCCAGGACAACCUUUUCAGGGUCUUAUCCAUUCUUAGUAAAUGAGUUUCUAGACAAUUUAUCAUGAUGUUAAGACCUUGGAUUUUGAUACUCUUGUACAAAUGAGAAAAUCACUAAAGUUCAAUUUAAAGAGUCCAUUGAGUUUAACCCACAUUUAAUUCAAUCAGAUUCUCUUGUUUAAAAAGUAAAUGACUGGUUUUUUUUUUUUAAGUAUUCUGACAAUAUAUAACAUAAUGUCCCCCUUUCCAGGGAUUCUUAAUAAAACUCUGUAUGUAUUACAAGAAUACAUGGAUUGUCAUGUCUCCUAUGGUGCCACCGUUACCCAAUAUGGAGGCAACCAUGAGAAAUGAAAGUCCUUAGAAGGAGAAGGGAAGAUAGGCCUCAUGGUGAACUUAGUACCUCAUGAAGGGUAAACAUUUCAUUAUCAGAAAAUCCAGUCAUAUCUAGUGCUUGGAGUAACUCCUGAGACAAAUGUGGGAUUACAUGCUCUGCUUAGUUAGAAUAUUGAUAAAUAUUAGAUUAGUAAGGGGAGAGGAGAAUACAAAUUUUAAUUUUAGAAUUUUCUGAUAGUGAUUAUACUUUGUAGCUCUAGUAAAUAUGAAUAAGUAUUGAGUUUUGUACAUUUUCAUUUAUUAAAAAUGUAGGAGUCUUUUUAUUUGGGUCUCAUUCUUUUUGUAAUUAAAGAGAGGAACAAGCCAUCUAUUAAAGCAGCAAAUGCCUCAAAAGAUACAUGUAUUGUGAAUUACUGCUUAAUCAUGGAAAGUUUUUUGGGUACUAUGUGAAUAAAAUGACAGAAUCUAAAUCAA